AUGGUCUGGUGCUCCUGCUUUCUAUCGGAAGAAGAAAAAACUGCCAUUGCCAUCGAUAAAGAAAUUAACCGGCUUCUUCAGGAGCAAAAGAAGCGUGAAAAACGGGAGCUGAAGUUACUUUUGCUGGGCACUGGAGAGAGCGGGAAAAGCACCUUCAUCAAACAGAUGCGGAUAAUCCACGGCGUGGGCUUCUCGGAAGAGGACCGGAAAGGCUUCGCCAAGGUCGUGUAUCAGAACAUCUUCUCGUGCAUCCAGGCUAUGAUCAAGGCUAUGGAGACCCUUCAGAUCUCUUUUGCUCAGUCAGAGAACGUGCGAAAUGCUCAGCUGCUCAUGGGAGUGGAUGCUUACAAAGUGACCAUGUUGGAGACGCAUCAUGUGAGGAUGCUAGAAAGCCUGUGGAAGGACCCCGGGAUCCAAGCCUGCUACCAGAGGCGUAGAGAAUAUCACUUGCUGGAUUCUACUUUUUAUUUCCUGUCCAACCUGGACCGGAUCGGGGCAGCAGGAUACAUUCCCGGCGCCCAAGACAUUUUGAGAACCCGCGUGCCGACCACUGGCAUUAAUGAGUACUGCUUUUUGGUACAAAAGGUCACCUUAAGAGUGACUUGCGAUGCGUCUGCUCUGUUUCCAGGCCCUAAGCAAGAUGCUGAAGCAGCCAAGGAGUUUGUCCUCGAAAUGUACAUGGAUGUCUACCAGCGUUCCUCGAUCCCCAGCCACAGUUCCAGUAUGCAGAUUUCCAAAGAUGCUCAUGGGCCCAGGAUCCUGUACCCUCACUACACCUGCGCUACGGACACACAGAACAUCUGCACGGUUUUUGAUGACAUCAAGGAUGUGGUGCUGGCCACCUACCUGGAGGAAUUCAAUCUGUCCUAA